ACUUCUUCUUCGUUCACCUAAAGGAGGAAAAACAAAAGUCACGAGCUUUACUCGAACCAGCACCUCUGCAAGAAAAAGACAUAGCCAGCGAACUACCUGAUCGUAACUUUUAAAAAGAAAGAAGAGAAAGAACUGGUCGAAAAUCCUCUGCUCUCUCUUUCCCGCAAACAGAAUCGGCUUCUUUCUUGUCUGAUCUUAAGGGCAAACUCAAAGAAGAGUUUCAGCCGUUGGCAUUCCCCUAUUUGAGACAGAGACAGUUUCAUCGGCCUUAGGGCAACCAGUUCCUCCCUUUUCUUCCCUCUUCAUUGGAAACUUUGUUUGUCCUUAUCCCGUACGACUACUAGGUCACUCACGAACUCCCUUUCGAGGGAGGGGAUGGAAUGACUUAUAUAAGAUAUAGGUCUUAUCAAGCCCCUAGGCUAUUUAAGCGAGAUCCAGUUUACAAAUAAGGAAGCACAGGUAGACAGUAGAUCUAAUAGUUUUUCUCGCACUGAAGGAGGGAGGAAUUCCGCCGACUGGCUUUCACCAGUUUGUCAUGAGAGUUCGAACAUCUGCCUACCAUGACGAGAGUCAGUCAAAAACACAUAUGGGUCUAGAAGUCGAAGCAAAGUCCUGUCCUAUUGGAAAAUACACUACUACAACAUUUGUCUAAAGAAUCUCCUCUACCGAAUCUCCUGUGACUUCGUCCUCCACCAUAGCCUCUUCUCCACGGCAUAUUUUGACUCUGACCUUCGCUUCCUUCAUUCGGUUUCUGGUUCUUGGCUGAACCAGUAGGUCCUUCGACCCUCAAAGCAAUACGAUAUGCGGCUUCUACGCUGUCCAGCAAACACAAAUGCAAUUCGUGCUCAGAAAAACAACGGACUUAAGCGGCACUCAGCGAUCUACGGGCUUUACGGACCAAGGCCCUACGCCUGCGAGGCUUAGCUACUCAGUGUGUCAUGUGUGUACGUACCGCUUAUAAAGCUCUCUAGUCUUGCAGCUAUCUCUUCUUGUUGCUCUUCUUCUUGUAGCUACAACUAUGCGCGACUCUUUAGUUGGGUUAGCUAUCUGUUGCUCUGUAUUGAGUUAGCUCUGUAGUUCUGUCUUGCUUGAGUUGCCUACCCCAUCUAUGCCUAUGCAACAGAGAAGAGAACAGCAACUACUGUGCUGUGCCCUACCUGAGAGACAACAGCAAUGCUCUACAACUGCUACUGAACUGCCUC